AUGACAGAGACAGAAAUUUCCGUCGCUUGUGGACAGUUCAGCUGUUCAAUCUGUUUGGAUCUGAUGAAGGAUCCAGCAGCUCUUCUCUGUGGACACAGUUUCUGUAUGGAGUGUAUUAAUAACUGCUGGGAUCAGGAGGAUCAGAAGGGAGUCUAUAGCUGUCCUCAGUGUAGACAAACCUUCACUCCAAGACCUGUUGUGAGUAAAAACACUGUUCUGGCUGAAGUAGUGGAGACACUGAAGAAGGCAAGACUACAAGCUACACCUCCGGCUCAGUCUUUAGCUGGACUUGAAGAUGUGGAUUGUGAUUUCUGCACUGAGAGAAAACACAAAGCCAUCAAGUCCUGUCUGGUGUGUCUGGCCUCUUUCUGUGAGACUCACCUCCAGCCUCACUAUAAAUCUCCUGCCUUUAAGAAGCACAAGCUGGUCGAAGCCUCCAGACGACUCCAGGAGCAGAUCUGCUCUCAGCAUGACAAACUGCUGGAGGUUUACUGUCGCACUGACCAGCUGUGUAUCUGCAUGUUGUGUACCAUGGAUCAACAUAAAGGACAUGAUACAGUAUCAGCUUCAGCAGAAAGAGUUGAAAAACAGAAGCAGUUGUUGGAGAUUCAGGGAAAAUCCAAGCAGAGAAUCCAGGCGAGAGAGAAGGAGCUACAGGAGCUGAGAAAGGGUGUGGAGACUCACAAGCACUCAGCACAAACAGCAGUACAGGAAACUGGGAGGAUCUUUACUGAGCUGAUUAAAUUCAUUGAGGGAAGAUGGUCUGAGGUAACAAAGCUGAUCAGAACUCAGGAGAAAGCUGCACUGAAUCGAGCUGAAGAAGUCAUGAAGAAACUGGAGCAGGAGAUUGCAGACCAGAAGAAGAGAGAUGAUGAGUUGGAGGUGCUUUCACAGACAGAAGAUCCAAUCCAGUACCUCCAGAAAUUCAAGUCUGUCACAAGCUCAGCUGGACCUUCCAACUUGCCCACCAUCACAUUAAGUCCUCUCCUAACUUUUGAGAAUGUAAUAAAGUCUGUGUCUCAACUGAAAGAGAAAGUGGAGGAGCACUCUAAAAUUGAGUUUGAGGAGAUCUCUAAGAAAGUGGCUAAGGAGGUCCUGGUGUCGUUUAGUUUGAGACAGUGCCGUUGA